AUGGAUGCAGUGCGGGUUGCAGUUGUCGGAGCAGGCGUGAUUGGGCUCUCCACUGCACUGUGCGUUUCCAAACUGGUCCCAUGGAGCUCCAUCACAGUGAUCUCAGACAAAUUUUCUCCUGACACCACCAGUGAUGUCGCAGCAGGAAUGCUUAUUCCUCAUGCUUAUGCAGAUGCAUCCAUUCACAAGCAGAAACAAUGGUUUAGAGAGACCUUUGAUCACCUGUUCUCAAUCGCCAAUUCUGCAGAAGCUGGAGAUGCUGGUGUUCAUCUAGUAUCUGGUUGGCAGAUAUUUCGAAACCUUCCUACUGAAGAAGUACCAUUCUGGGCUGAUGUGGUUCUGGGAUUUCGAAAGAUGUCUGAGGCUGAGUUGAAGAAAUUCCCCCAACACGUGUUUGGCCAGGCUUUUACGACCUUGAAAUGUGAAGGCCCUGUUUACCUGCCCUGGUUGGAAAAAAGGGUAAAAGAAAGUGGAGGCCUGAUACUCAAGAGACGAAUAGAAGACCUGUGGGAGCUUCAUCCAUCCUUCGACAUUGUGGUCAACUGUUCAGGCCUUGGAAGCAGAGAGCUCAUGGGAGACUCAGAGAUUCUCCCUGUGAGGGGCCAAGUGCUCAAAGUUCAGGCUCCCUGGGUGAAGCAUUUUAUCCGAGAAGGCAGUGGGCUGACCUAUAUAUACCCAGGCGCAUCCAAUGUAACGUUGGGUGGAACUAGACAAAAAGGAGACUGGAAUCUGUCCCCAGACCCAGAAAUUAGCAGAGAUAUCCUUUCCCGAUGUUGUGCUCUUGAGUCCUCCCUGCAUGGAGCCUACGACAUGAAGGAAAAGGUGGGCUUGAGGCCAUUCAGGCCGGGAGUACGGCUGCAGAAAGAGCUUCUGGUUCAAGAUGUCAGGAGGCUGCCUGUUGUCCACCACUAUGGCCAUGGGAGUGGGGGCUUCUCUGUGCACUGGGGCACGGCUCUGGAGGCCACCAAGUUGGUGAAUGAGUGUGUCCAUGACCUGAGGACCUCUGCUCCCAAGGCAAAGCUGUAA